UUUACGGCUGGACCCGCAACCCUCUCAUCGAGUACUACAUCGUCGAGUCGUACGGAUCGUACAACCCUUCGUCUGCGGCCUCAGCCAAGGGAUCGGUGACCUGCGACGGCGCCACCUACGACAUCCUUACUACUACUCGCACCAACCAACCGUCGAUUGACGGCACGCAAACAUUCCAGCAGUACUGGUCUGUCCGUAACCCGAAGAAGAGCCCCGGAGGAUCAAUCAGCGGCAGUGUCAACACGGGAUGCCACUUCACCGCAUGGGCGAACUUGGGGAUGAACUUGGGCUCCGAGCAAAACUACCAGAUCGUUGCUACCGAAGGCUACCAGAGCAGCGGAACCGCCACCAUCACCGUCUCUUAAAUGAAGGGUAAGAGGUGCAUCACAAUCAUUUCUA